AUGUACGGUAUGAUGCCAAUGGAAUAUCGUGUUCAAAACUUUAAAGUAUAUUUUAAUGGAUAUCAUAUACGAAACACUGAAUGGAUAGGUUUUAAAGAUUUAGCUGGUGGAUAUGAUCGGUAUGGAAUGCGAUCGAUCAAUCCUAUGAUUAUAAUGAAUACAAUUGAUUUCGAAGAAUGUCUUAAAGAUUCUCCUGCUUAUCGAAAUCAACUUCGACAAGCAGCAAAUCAUAUUGAUCUACUCGAAGAUCGUUUAGAACAGAUGUUUAAAAUGUGCAAUUCUGUAAUUAAUAAUGGAAAAAUAUUUGUACAAGAAUUUCAAAAAUUUCUAAAAUGUAUUUUUGAUGUACGUGAAUUAUUUUCUACAGAUGAAAUAGCUUAUAAAAGUUUAGGAAAAUUUGGAAAUUAUUUACGUGAAAUACAAACACUUUUUUCUAAUUUACUUGAACAAACAUCACAUAGUCUUUUACGAACAUUAACACGUAUGUUAAAAGAUGAUAUAAGAAAAGUUAAAGAUCAAGGCAAAUUAUUUGAACGUUUAAGUUCAGACUAUGAUAUUGCUUUACAAAAGAAUGCCGAUGCAUCAAAAACUAAACCUCAUUUAUGUGAAGAUGCUAGUAAAAUUUUAACAGCAACACGUAGUUGUUUUGGUCAUACAUCAAUUGAUUAUACAUAUCAAAUAAAUGUUUUAUAUAAUCAACAUAAAGUUGAAUUAAUUGAAUUAUUUUUAUCAUAUAUUAAUUUUCAUAAAGCAUUUUUUCAUCAAGGUUAUGAAUUAUUAUCUAUAGAUACUGAAAAAGAUUUUAAUUCAAUUACAACAGAAUUAACUAAAAUGAGACAAGAGAAUAUUCAAAAACAAAAAAUGUUAGAAAAAGUACAUGAUACUAAUCAAAGAAGAUCCUCACCACCACGAGACAAUAUGACAUGUUUUCCAAUUAAAUUGAAAUUAUCAUCAUCUCAUUAUUCUCAACAGUGGAAAUUUGAUGAUAAUCGAAACGAUGGAAUAUCAACAGAGACAUCAUCUAUGUCAAAAGAACAUUUACCAAGAAAUCAAUCACAACAAAAUUUAUCGAAUAUAACAAGUACAUUAACAAAUGGAGUUGAAGCAACAAAAGAAGGUUACUUAUUUAAACGUUCUCAUAAUAAAUUCAAAACAUGGAAUAGACGAUGGUUUUUAAUUCGUAAUGGUCAAUUACUCUAUAUGAAACGUAAUCAUGGAAAUUCAAUAAAUGAUAAUUCUCAACAACAAUCAUCAUAUUCAGUAAUGAUAUCUGAUUUACGUUUAUGUACAAUUCGUACAUCGAAUGAUAAUGAUCGUCGAUUUGUUUUUGAAAUUAUUUCCCCAAAUAGUUCACAUCUUCUUCAAGCUGAUUCACAAAUUGAAUGUGAUCAAUGGAUUAAUUCACUUCAAUUAGCAAUAACAAAUUUAUUUAAAUCAUCAGAUAAUGGAAAUACAAAUUCAUUUGCAUCAUUACCAAGAAUGUUUUCUGAUGAUCGUUCAAAUACACUUUUAACUGCUAAAGUUGAAAUCAAACAACAAAUGAUUAGAGAUAAAAUUGAAUAUGUACGUUCACUUGCAGGCAAUGAAAAAUGUUGUGAUUGUGAUGCAGAUACACCUGAAUGGGCAUCGAUUAAUUUAGGAAUUUUACUUUGUUUAAAUUGUGGUGGUGCUCAUCGUGGUCUUGGUGUUAAUCUUUCAAAAGUUCGUUCACUUCAUAUGGAUACAUGGGAUUUAGAAACAUUAAUUGUUAUGUCAGAAUUGGGUAAUACUGUUGUUAAUAGUAUAUAUGAAGCACAAAUAUCAAAUGAUAUGAAAAAACCCAAUGCUGAAACAGAUCCUUUAACACGUCGAUCUUAUAUAGAAGCAAAAUAUGUUCAAAAAACAUUUUUACGUUCAUUACCAGCAUUGAAUCAAAUGCGUUCAUCAACACGUACUAUUAAACGAUGGUCUGUAAUGAAAAGUUCAAUAUCAACAGCUAAUAGUGGAAAUGACAAUGAUGAUGAUACAUCACAUACAUUAAAAGUUAACAAUCGACAAUUAUUAACUAGACGAUUAACAGCACCAUCUGAUAAUGAUGCAAUAACAGAUAAUCCACCAGCAAUAUGGAAUAUGAAUAUAUAUUUAUAUGAAGGAGCUCGUCAUCGUAAUGUUUCAACAAUGCUUCAUGCAUUAGCUCUUGGUGCUGAUAAAAAUUUUCAUAAUGAAAAUGAUCAUGGACGAACACCAUUAAUUCAAACAAUAUUAAGUAGAUCAAUUGCAGCUGCAGAAUUUCUUUUAAUAAAUAAUGCAAAAGUAAAUUUAGCUGAUGAAGAUGGUAAAACACCACUUCAUUAUGCAACACAAUUAGCAAAUAAAGGACGCGGACCAAUUAUUCUUUUACUUAAACGUGGUGCUGAUCCAUUAUAUAAAGAUCAUAAUGGUAUUGAUGCAUGUUCACUUUCAAUGACUGUUGGUGAUCCUGAUGUAAUAACAUGGUAUCGUUUAAUAGCAUUACAUGAACAAAUGAAAGAAGAAGAUGCUGAUGUAGAAAAAACUUAUAUAUCAAUAUUAGAUGAUCCUGUUUAUAUGAAAGAAAUAGCGAGAACACCAUCAUUUUCAUGA